AUGACGGAGGUCCCCGGAACAUCCAGUGAGACCAUAACGGAGACGGUACAGACCGAUACCCCGCCGCCGCCACAGCAGGAGGGUCGCAGUCUGACGAUCAAACUCCGGAAGAGGAAGACUGAAAAGAAAGUGGAAUGGUCCAGUGACACUGUAGACAAUGAGCACCUGGGCAGGAGGUCUUCCAAGUGUUGCUGUAUCUACGAGAAGCCGCGGCAGUUCGGAGAGUCGUCUUCAGAGAGCGAGGGUGAAGACGACGACGAAGGCUGUGGCAGUGCGCACUGCAUCAUGGGACAUGGCAGGAGGGACCACGGGCACACGGGCACCACAGGCGCCAGCUCCACACCCCCCAACUCCGGAGGGACACACGCACACUGA